GGAAAAUGCACCUUCAGUACUCAACCCUUGUCUCUCCCCGGGGUUCAGGCUGAAAGCAAGAGCAAGAGACCUGGGAUAGAGGAAGUGGGCUGGGGACCUGAAUCUUGGAGAAAUGUCUUUCUUGGAUCUGAAUUUCUUCUCCUUGGGGAUGUGGUCUCUCGGAGCUGGAGCCCUGGGCGCAGCUGCUUUAAGCUUGAUCCUGGCCAACACUGACCUGUUUCUCACCAAAUCAAUAGCAGCUACCCUAGAAUUUUUGGAAGAGAUAGAGCUGAAAACUCUGGAUAAUGAAUCCCCAAAAACUUUCAAAGCCCGAGAACUGUGGGCAGACAAUGGGGCAGUGAUCAUGGCAGUACGAAGACCAGGCUGUUUUUUGUGUCGAGAGGAGGCAGCCGAACUCUCUGCUCUCAAGCCACAGCUAGAUCAGUUGGGCAUCCCACUCUAUGCUGUAGUGAAAGAGAAGGUCGGGUCAGAAGUGGAGGAUUUCCAGCCAUAUUUCAAAGGAAAGAUCUUUCUGGAUGAAAGGAAAAAAUUUUAUGGUCCCCAGAAGCGGAAGAUGAUGUUUAUGGGAUUCAUUCGUCUGGGUGUUUGGCAAAACUUUUUUCGGGCCAGGAAUAAGGGCUUCUCUGGUAAUCUGGAAGGAGAAGGGUUCAUCCUUGGAGGUGUUUAUGUGAUUGGGCCAGGAAAGCAGGGCAUUCUCCUAGAGCACCGAGAGAAAGAGUUUGGAGAUAAAGUCGACCCUGCCUCUGUUCUGGAAGCUGCCAAAAAGAUAAAGCCACAUGCUUCAACCUCAGAGGGAAAAUGAUCAAAUUUAACAACUGACCGCGGGAAAAACUUGGAAGAUGAGACUGUGAUUGACAUUGGCUUUACAAGUCCCACUGAAGGCUUCCCUAUCUACACACGCAUUACAUAUUUCUCCUAGAAGUUAAACCCCAUCUGGUUUCAUUUUUUGGAUUCUGGGAUUUUUCUUCUAGUUAAACAAUUAGAAUUCAAAGCAAGAUCAUUAUUUUUCUUUUUCAUUUCUUUUCUCUUUCUUUCCUUCUUUCUUUCCUUUCUUUCUUUCUUCCCACCCCAAGCAGGUUAUUCAGUGCUUUUUCACUACAGAGUGAGAGAAAAGUGUUCUCUCCUUCACAGCUCACCUCAUUUACCUUGGAGAUUUGCAAAGUGCUUCCUUUUCAGUUCCCUAUGAAGCAAGCAUUAUAAGUAUAAGUCAUAGGAGGAGACAGAUGUGGAGAUUAAAUGAUUUGCCCUGACCCAAUAGCCCCCCCAAAUCAGGAUAGCAUUAAAAGAGCCCUGAAUUCAGCCUCAGGAGUCUUUGGCAAGUUCCUUCAUCUCUAUGAAACUUAGUUUCCUCGUUUGUUUAUGAUGUUUAGUGAGCAUAAUAAUCGAUAUGGCAUAAUAAAUAGAGAGUAAAGUAUUGCUAACAAAGAGCAGUGUUCAAAUCUUGUCUCUUAGAUUAUCUGUGUGACAAUAUGUAGGUUACAACUCCUCUGAGUCUCAGUUUCUACAUCUAUUAAGAGGAGAUAAUAAUACCUCUAGUGACAGGCAGCAUGACAUCAUGGAUAGAGAGAUGACCUCAAUGUCAGGAAUGGAUAAAUGUAUAGUUGAAUAAAUGAAUUUAUUUAGAGCUUACUAUGUAGCCCUAUUCUAAGUAGAGGAAAUACAAAGAGCAAAAGUGAGACAGUCCUAGCUCUCCAGGAAAUAAACACACCUAAGAAAGUGGGAUUAGAGGCCUAAGAUUGAAGUUGAGGAUUGGAUGGCAAGAUGGGGGAGUUCCCUGGUUACAACAAUCAGUCGGAUGACCAUUUUGGGGGUCUGUGGGGAGUAGCAUCAGGAAAAUAUGGGUUCCAGAACUGCUUCUAGUAUGCUACAUGGCCCUAAGCAAGUCACAACUUUUUGGUGCCCUAAAGCAACUAUUUAUUCAUUUGGGGAGAAGGGCUCCUUAUCUGGAGCCCCCUAUUCUGAUAAAAUCAGCAAUCUGGCUUAAAAAAAAAACCAAACUCUCUAAUACCAGCUUCAAAGGAGAAAAUACAUGUGAGGUGCUCUGGAAACUAUAAAGCACUGUAUGAAUAUCAGCUGUUCUCAUUAUUUAUUCCACAGAUUUGUUGCCUUGUAAACCUUCAAGCUCUAUAUAAAUGUGAAUUACUAUUCAUUGGAACUGGGGCUUGAACCGAGGGCCUUUGAUACCAAAUCCAGGGCUCUUUCCACUAUGCCAUGUUGCCUCUGUGACACAUAUAAGUUUUGGGAUGAUAUUCUUUAAUAUAAUUCACGUAGAAGACUUUUUCUGGUUUUUUGUUUUUGUUUUAACUGUUUCCUAUGAGCUGAGAGUUGGGUGCAUUUCACCAUAAGGUUGGAGAGCCUGGGUUUUUACUUGUGUGUGGAGUAUUAUGGGCUCUCCCAGGGAUGAAUUAUGUAUCAUUUAUCCAUACAAGGACCAGCCUAACCAGGUUUGGAGGGGCUUACCACCUGAGUGUUGGCCAUUUUCUUUUCCUAGCUAAGGCAGCUCAUGAAACAGCCUGCUGAGUUGUAGAGAAGUUGUAGAGAAGGUGCAGUUGCACUGAUGAAAUAAUGAAUCUUUGUGUAUGAGUGCGUUGUUAUGACUGUAGAAAUAGAUAUCCCUUGUUUUAUGGAACAGAUGUGUACUAGCAAAGCUGUAUUUUCCAACUAAAUUUUCCAACCUCAUUGAUUUUUAAUAUGUCAUUAGAAGCUUGUCCUACUGGAAAUUGUUUUAUCAUCUGACUAUAAUAAAAUCAUGCUUAGGAAAACAGUAGAUUUUUGUGUAUAAAAUUGGAAAAGUAAGAAACUUUCUCAUAAAAGAUUAACAAUAGGAAAAAAUAGUGUGUUAUCUCUCUAAGAAGUAACUAUCAAAAAGAUUAAAAAUGAAAAUAAUAAUGUGUUGAUCAGAUUCUCCAGUACUCCACUGGAGAAAUUGGAAGUCUUCACUUGGGUCUUCUUAUGUGUGGUAAUUUGUUAAACAUCUUGCACUUAUACCUUAUCUGUCAAAUAGGGUGGUAAAUAAGAGCACUGCUUGACACAAUGCCUAGCAUAUAGGUGGUAUUUAAUAAAUGCUUCUUGAUUUGA